AUGCGUGUGCCGCGAUCCGGCCUGCUGCUGCAUUUGCUGCUGCUGCUGCUGUCUGCAUGCAGCAGCAGCAUCGUCCAUAGCUUCGUCUUGCAGGAAAAGCAGCAGCAGCUGCUGCUUCUAGGUUGGCCUAAGGCCACAGCAGCAGCAGCAGCAGCAGCAAAAAGGCUGCUUCCGCUGCAGGCAGCAGCUCGCAGCAGCAGCAGCAGCAGCAGAAGCAGCAGCAGCAGUGGCAGACACUCCAAAAGGAGCAGCAGUAUCCAGGGCCCUGCCUUGCUGCAGCAGCAAGAACAGCAGCAACAGCAAAAGAGUGAAACAUAUGCCAGAGCAGCAGCAGCAACUACAACAACACACGCAGCAGCAGAAGCAGCAGCAGCAGCAGAUGCAGCCGAGAACGGGUCCAGCGGAGACCCUCAGCAGAAGCAGCAGCAGCAAGAGCAGCAGCAGCUAGAGCAGCAGCAGCAACAACAGCAGCAGCAGCAGGCUACUCUGUGGGGAAGGCUCAUGAGUUUCUUGGGCCUACGGAAGCAGCAGCAGCAGCAGCAGAAGCAGCAGCAGCAGCAGCAGCAAACGCCUUCUGCUUCUGCUGCUUGUGGCAAGAAGGAGAAAUCAACUUCUGCUGCUGCUGCUACGGAGCGCCUCACUGGUGAGGCCGUGAGGGAGCUGCUGCAGCAGCAGCAGCAGCAGCAGCAGCCGAAGAUAGAGUGCGCAGACUGCGGCUCGCAGCUAUUUGUGGCUAAAGGGAGGGAGAAGCGGUUUCUUACUCGCGAGACACGCUGCGCUGGCUGCGGCUCUUCUGAAUUCGUUUUGGAGCCCUGA